AUGGGUAGCAAUGGCGAGUUGACCCAGAACGGGAAAACCAAUGGUGUUGAUGGAGGUGUCAGUAGCAAUGGCGAGUUGACCCAAAACGGGAAAACCAAUGGUGUUGAUGGUAGUCUCAGUAGCAAUUGCGAGUUGAGAAGGAACGGAAAAACAAAUGGUGUUCAUUGUGGUGUCAGUAACAAUGGCGAGUUGAGCCAGAACGGGAAAACCAAUGGUGUGGAUGGUAGUGUCGGUAGCAAUGGCGAGUUGAGCCAGAACGAGAAAACCAAUGGUGCUGAUGGUGGUGUCAGUAGCAAUGGCGAGUUGACCCAGAACGAGAAAACCAAUGGUGUUGCUGGAAGUCUCAGUAGCAAUGGCGAGUUGAGCCAGAACGGGAAAACCAAUGGUGUUGAUGGUAGUGUCGGUAGUUAUUGCGAGUUGAGCAGGAACGGGAAAGCCAAUGGUGUUGAUGUUGGGGUCAGUAGCGAUGGCGAGUUUACCCAGAACGGGAAAACCAAUGGUGCUGAUGGUAGUCUCAAUAGCAAUUGCGAGUUGAGCCAGUACGGGAAAACCAAUGGUGUUGAUGGUAGACUCAGAAGCAAUUGCGAGUUGAGCCAGAACGGGGAAACCAAUGGUGUUGAUGGUAGACUCAGAAGCAAUUGCGAGUUGAGCCAGUACGGGAAAACCAAUGGUGUUGAUGGUAGACUCAGAAGCAAUUGCGAGUUGAGCCAGAACGGAAAAAAACGAUGUGUCGGUAGUUAUUGCGAGUUGAGCCAGAACGAGAAAGCCAAUGGUGUUGAUGGUAGUCGCAGUAGCAAUUGCGAGUUGAGCCAGAACGGUAAAACCAAUGGUGUGGAUGGUAGUGUCGGUAGUUAUUGCGAGUUGAGCCAGAACGAGAAAACCAAUGGUGUUGAUGGUAGUCUCAGUAGCAAUUGCGAGUUGAGCCAGAACACGAAAACCGAUUGUGUGGAUAGUAUUGUCGUCAGCAAUUGCGGGUUGACCCAGAACGGGAAAACCAAUGGUGUUGAUGGUAGUCUGAAUAACAAUGGCGAGUUGAGCCAGAACGGUAAAACCAAUGGUGUGGAUGGUAGUGUCGGUAGUUAUUGCGAGUUGAGCCAGAACGAGAAAGCCAAUGGUGUUGAUGGUAGUAACGGGAAAACCAAUGGUGUUGUUGGUAGACUGAAUAACAAUGACAAAUUGAGCCAGAACGGUAAAACCAAUGGUGUGGAUGGUAGUGUCGGUAGUUAUUGCGAGUUGAGCCAGAACGAGAAAACCAAUGGUGUGGAUGGUAGUGUCGGUAGUUAUUGCGAGUUGAGCCAGAACGGUAAAACCAAUGGUGUGGAUGGUAGUGUCGGUAGUUAUUGCGAGUUGAGCCAGAACGAGAAAACCGAUUGUGUGGAUAGUAUUGUCGUCAGCAAUUGCGGGUUGACCCAGAACGGGAAAACCAAUGGUGUUGAUGGUAGUUUGAAUAACAAUGGCAAGUUGAGCCAGAACGGUAAAACCAAUGGUGUGGAUGGUAGUCGCAGUAGCAAUUGCGAGUUGAGCCAGAACGGUAAAACCAAUGGUGUGGAUGGUAGUGUCGGUAGUUAUUGCGAGUUGAGCCAGAACACGAAAACCGAUUGUGUGGAUAGUAUUGUCGUCAGCAAUUGCGGGUUGACCCAGAACGGGAAAACCAAUGGUGUGGAUGGUAGUGUCGGUAACAAUUGCGAGUUGAUCCAGAACGAGAAAACUAAUGGUGUUGAUGGUAGUCUGAAUAACAAUGGCAAGUUGAGCCAGAACGGUAAAACCAAUGGUGUGGAUGGUAGUGUCGGUAGCAAUUGCGAGUUGACCCAGAACGGGAAAACCAAUGGUGUUGAUGGUAGUCUCAAUAACAAUGGCAAGUUGAGCCAGAACGGUAAAACCAAUGGUGUGGAUAGUAGUGUCGGUAGCAAUUGCGAGUUGAGCCAGAACGAGAAAACCAAUGGUGUUGAUGGAAGUCUCAGUAGCAACGGCGAGUUAAGCCAGAGCACGAAAACCGAUUGUAUGGAUAGUAUUGUCGUCAGCAAUUGCGAGUUGACCCAGAACGAGAAAACCAAUGGUGUUGAUGGUAGUCGCAGUAGCAAUUGCGAGUUGAGCCAGAACGGUAAAACCAAUGGUGUGGAUGGUAGUGUCGGUAGCAAUGGCGAGUUGAGCCAGAACGGGAAAACCAAUGGUGUUGAUGGUAGUCUCAAUAGCAAAGGCGAGUUGAGCCAAUACGGGAAAACCAAUGGUUUUGAUGGUAGACUCAGAAGCAAUUGCGAGUUGAGCCAGAACGGAAAAAAACGAUGGUGUGGAUAG